AUGGAUAGUGACGACGAGAAGUCUGUUGUUAGCGCCGCUGCAUUUACGGUAAUGUGUGCUGCAUAUCAUUUAAAAACGAAAAUUAAAAAAAAUAAAACUAAAAGAAGGUGGUGGACAUURUCAUUGAAUAAAAGUCGAGAAAGGUAUAAUGCUUCAAAUAUGUUGGAAGAUUUAAACCGUGAACCAUCGGGAAAAUUUAUAAACUUUUGCCGGAUGUCAGCAGAAGACUUUGAACAUCUAUUAAAUAAAGUUGGUCCAAUUAUUAAAAAGCAAGACACAAACAUGAGGAAAGCUAUACCUAUCCAAGAUAGAUUAGCAGUAACUCUUAGAUUUUUGGCAACUGGAGAUAGUUUUACUAGUUUGUCUUACUUGUUCAAAUUUUCCAAUCAAAUUAUUUCAAAUAUUGUACAUGAGGUGUGUUACGCUUUGAUUCAUGAGCUAAAAGAUCAAAUAAAGGUACCUUCAACGCCACAAGACUGGCAGAAAAUUGCUGAAGAAUACAAUGARAAGUGGAAUUUUCCAAAUUGUAUUGGGGCCAUAGACGGCAAACAUAUCGUUUUACAAUCUCCUAUGAAUAGUGGUUCAGAGUACAUUAAUUACAAAGGCACUUUUAGUGUAGUACUAAUGGCUUUAGUGGAUGCUGAUUAUUGUUUUACAUAUGCUGAUGUGGGUUGCCAAGGACGUAUAAGCGAUGGCGGUGUUUUUC